CUGGGGGAGGCUCCCGGCCCGGUAUAAAGAGCCAGGCGCCCUCUAGUUAGCGGAAGUCUCGGUGUUUCCUCCAUCCGCCGCCCUCUUACAGCCUUCAGCGGCCCCACAAACCCCCAGCUGGAGCGGCCAUGAACCCCGGAGCGCUCGGCCAGGCCUUCCCCGCAGUGCAGUUUCAUGGAGGAGCCGCCGUUUUGGUUGAAAUCACAACAGACAUCCACAUCUGCGGCCUGUGCAAGCAGCAGUUCACCAAUUUGGACUCUUUUGUUGCUCACAAGCAGAGCGGGUGCCAACUGAACUCUGGGAAUGGCGCCACGAGUGCCGUACAAUUUGUGCCGCAGAAUGACACCGGGACCCCCACGCAGACCUCUCCCCGGACCAUCACUUCUGAGACUCAAACCAUCGCUGUUUCUGCUCCGGGAUUUGUCUUUGAGCACGGAUAUCAGACCUUUUUACCGAGCGAGAACGCAGAGUCCCAGACUACAGAACGCACCAUUCCACCCAUCAAGUGCCGUAGGACAGUGUCUGGGUCCUCAUCCCGCAGGAAACACAGCUGCACGUACCCUGGAUGCCAGUUCAAGACCGCGUAUGGGCUGAAAGAUCUGGAGCGCCACUUAAGGACUCACACGGGUGACAAGCCCCACAAAUGCCCGACCUGUGAUAAAGCCUUUAGCAGGAAGGACAAGCUGAAGACCCACAUGCGCUCCCACACGGGGGAGAAACCAUUCAAGUGCAAGGAAUGCGACUACAGGGCGGCAGACAGCAGCAGCCUAUGCAAGCACCAGCGAAUACACACUAAUGAGCGACCAUUUAAAUGCCAGAUCUGUCCGUAUGCUAGCCGCAACUCCAGCCAGCUCACUGUGCACCUACGCUCGCACACAGGUGACGCUCCCUUCCAGUGCAUUCUGUGCAACGCUAAAUUUAAAAUAAACUCUGACUUAAAGAGACACAUGCGUGUUCACACGGGGGAGAAACCCUUCCGCUGCGACUUCUGCAACUUCGUCUGCGCCAUGAAAGGAAACUUGAAGUCCCACAUCCGGAUGAAACAUAACACAGAGACCACAUUCAAGUGCUUGGAGUGCAAUUUCCAGUGUGGAAGCAAAGCCGACUUACGGCAACACGUACGCUGCCACCUCCCGGAGCAGCCGGUUAAAUGCGCGGAUUGCAGCUACUCCUGUUCCAGCAAAGCUGCCCUGAAAGUACACGAGAGGAUUCACUCUAAAGACCGUCCCUUUAAAUGCAGCUUCUGCCAGUUUGAUACAAAACAGCGCAGCAACUUGACCACCCACAUAAAGAAAUGUCACGGGGACCAAGUGAAACCCAGAAAGAGCUCUCUGCACAGAAAAGAGGGGGACUCCCCAAGGCAUUACACGUCCCGUAAAGGCACCAAGUUGGAGGCUAAGAAAGCAUAUAAUUGUGACCUUUGUGAUGCGUCUUUUGUUAGGGAAGACUCCCUGCGGAGUCAUAAGAAACAGCACAGUGAGAUCAUUGCUGCCCAGAAGGCUUCAGGCCUGGACUUUAUCCCUUUGGCAACCAGCGCACCGCGUUCCAGUACUAUUGCAAUAAGGAAUAUUAAGUUCCCCACUACGAUUCUACCCUUUGGGCAGGACGGAGUAAAGCUCAUGGGCGACCAUCCCCUAAUAGAAGGGGCUACUGCAGAGACCACGUCCGAGCCUGCUAGAGCUUUAGACAGUAUGGCAAAGGUCCAAGACCACAUGGCUACCAGCCAGCUCAGACUGUUGAGUCAGGUCAAUUUAAUAGCAUCGCCUUCUGCUGCCCAAAAACUUGCUUUGCCGGAUAUCGGUAACAAUCCCAUCCAACACCAUCUGGAUGAAAGCGGUACAGACAACGACCAAGAGACUAACGAUGAGGCGUUUAUGUCUGCCUCCAGCAUCGAUGAGUGCUCUGACCUUGAUCAUCUUCAUAUAAUAAAGGAGGAGCCCGUAGAAGUGACAAUUGUUAGUGAUGCAGGAGACUAUAUCCGAAUGGAGGAGCCUCACCAGUCGCCUGUUUUCUCUCCGUCUCCCCUUGUUAACACACCCAAACGCAGCUACAUCGUUGUCCAGGAGGAUCCACAUUCUGCUCUUCUGUGUCCAGCAGACUCCAUACCAGACUGACACUUUAUACCCAUUACCAUGAAUACUAAAAUGUUCCUUUGCCUUGGCAUACAGCUGUCUGUAUGUAGAAAUGCAUGAGAAAUAGCGGCGUCCAAUUUACAAGGACCGUUAGUGAACUAGUAGGCACCGCGGCGGAUUAUUCCGAUGGAAGUGGAGUAGUCCAGAAUUUUUUUUUCUAAAACAUCUUGUAUACAGGGUAGCUAUUAUUAGAAUUUCAUACAGCAUUGAGAUGUGUAUGUGUGUAUAUAUGUAUAUAUAGUUUCAUAGAAGUGUGUGUAUAUAAAUGACUUUUUGGUGUAGGGCCAGGUUUGGAUCAUCUGCUGGAAAAUCUGAAUAAAUUUUGAUCAACCUGCUUGUA